AUGGCCGACGGAGCAGGGAAACACGAUGCAGCAACCUGGGAAACCAACUUUAACGCUGAAUUCGAUAGGAUAUGUGCAGCGUUCUGGCGCCAGAUUGCAGCCCGCGCAGAGCAGACGCAACCGCAUACCACCCCUACCUUGCAGCUGCAGACAGCAACCAUCCCUUCUUCUGAGCGGGGCACUCAUCUGGAGGCACCUCUCCUAAGCCAGCCAAACACCCGGGGAGACAUCCGCAAAUGGGAAAAACCCGGGGCCCAAGACCCUCGAAAAGGGACAGAUGGCAGGACGGCACGAGUGCCCCAUAAGGCUUCAGGCUGAAGGCGUGUAGCACGCAGACACCGCGGGGCCGGGUACAGCUGGAAAAGACCAACACCCAGGUCAGCCAAAAUAUCCUCUGCCACGGAAGGACUGUCUGGCGAAGCACCGCUGACCCAUACUCACACACGGGUCAGACAGAGCCCCCCACGCGACCGGAUGACCAGACCUCCCGGGGCCUCCACGCUUUCCCACCCUGCGGAGUGGGUUGAAAACAAGCAUCCAUGCUCGAGCCCAGAUCCACACGGAACCACAUACAGCCCCAAACAACCAACCCGGAACUGGAGGUUUUCCUCGCAAUAUGACUCCAUAACAUAG